CCACUCUGCAAUCCGAGGAGAUCACCCGAUGUUUUGCUCCGUCUGGUUUUUUUUCCCCCCCUUCCCGAUCCGGGCGUGGGUUCAAUUUGAAGCAGAAAAGUUUCAUUGAUUUUUUUUUCCCAAACAAAAAAAAGAGCGAAGUGUUUUUUUACCCCCCCCCCUUUCUUUUGACUCUAAUCACUAAUAAUUACAAGAGAGAGAAACACCUCCGGUUGUGGGCAGGCGGCAGUGUAUUUCCCGAGAAUGCUGGUGGGAACACCAUGUGCACCAGCAGUCAGAUCAUCUCCAGUCUCUUCGUGCUCUCUGCCAUGGAAAUAGGCUUCGGCAUUGCCAGUGUGGCUUUGGGAGCAGUCAAUAUCGGCUGGAGACAGGCUCUGAAACCUCAGCUCGGAGACUCUUCACCGGUAUGGAGCGGUGUUUGUUUCUUAAUCUGCGGAAUAUGUGGAAUUGUUUGCGCCAAAAAGAAAUCUGGUCUCAUAAUGAUAUUAUUUUCAGCCUGUUGUAUCUGUGGAUUGAUCGGAGGAAUAUUAAAUUUUCAGUUUCUGCGAGCACUAGGCAAAGGGACAGCUUUCGUUUACCCCAUACAUGUAGCCUCCAUGUCAAUGGCGUGCCUGGGUAUCGCGGGGUGCACUCUCUCUGCCUGGCUCACCUGUCGGCUGGCCAGCAACGAACAGCAGAGGAUGUUCCUGGAAAGAGAACACUCACUGCAUCACUCCCACGAAAUGACAGACAAAGACAUCUCAGAUAACACGGGCAAUGGAAUACCACAAAUUAUGCAAAAUGGAAGACCAUCAUGAUAAACAAAAUACUAUAGAAAGAAACUUUUACAGCAAUUCAUCUCUGCAUGAAGAAUGUGAGUUUUAAUAAUAUAUCCUGUAAGCAUAAAACAGAAUUCUGCAGUUGAGAUUGUUUUCUGUCUGGCUAAUGGAACACUGAUAAGUCCUUGUUGCAGGAUCCUGCAGAAUGCUAGUGGCUUUCUCAGAAGAUACCACCCUGAAUAAUAGAGUUGAAGUUUCAAGAUUACUUUUAUAUCAGGUUCAAAACAGCUGUGUUUUGUUGGAUGUUGAAAAAUAUAUUUUCUAAGAAAGCAAGGACUGAAAAUGUAAAAAAUGUAUUUAGACAUACUUCAUCACUCACACUUUUUAAGCAGCAUGCACAACCCAGUCAUUCUUUGCUUUCGAGUAAAGUCCUCGACAGAUCAUUGAUUUUCUAAGGCCAUUUUUGUGGAAUGCAAACAAUACUACUUUAUCUAUGCUGAAUGCACUAAACCAUGUACAACAUGAGUAAAUAGACAAUAUAGCAACUAUUUGUUGUUAUUUAAUUCUAUAUUUAAGAUAUUAUGAAACACUAUUUUUCUAUAAAUGUUAUUAUAUGUCUUCAAAACAAAUGACAUGGUAAAUAAACAUUAUACCAUCAAAA